AUGGAUCGCAUGGAGCUGCAAAAAGUCAACAUCGAACUUGAUGAUCAGAGCAACAGCGGAGAAAGCCUGGAAGACAACUACACAGAGAUGGUUGAUUCAGAAAAGGCUGCCAUUAGGAGUCCAUUUGCUAAUGAUGAUGCAGAAAGUCAGAAGUUCCUUACAAAUGGAUAUCUGGGUAAAAAGAAAUUGGAAGAAUAUAAGGAAGAAUAUCACCGGGGCAGAGCUUCCUUUGGAAUGUCCUCUUUCAACCUCAGCAAUGCCAUUAUGGGCAGCGGCAUCUUAGGGCUCUCCUAUGCAAUGGCCAACACAGGAAUUAUCCUUUUUGUAAUUUUGCUGCUCAGCGUAGCAAUACUGUCACUCUACUCUGUUCACCUCUUACUGAAGACCGCAAAAGAAGGAGGAUCGCUAAUAUAUGAAAAACUGGGAGAAAAGGCAUUUGGCUGGCCUGGGAAGUGUGGUGUUUUUAUUUCAGUUACAAUGCAGAACAUUGGAGCAAUGUCAAGCUACCUCUUUAUUAUUAAAUAUGAACUACCUGAAGUGAUCAGAACAUUUAUGAAACUUGAGGAGAGUUCUGGAGAGUGGUACCUAAAUGGGAACUACCUCAUCAUACUCGUAACAGUUGGGAUUAUUCUUCCUCUCUCCCUUUUAAAGACCUUAGGUUAUCUUGGUUAUACGAGUGGGUUUUCGCUGACCUGUAUGGUUUUCUUUGUCAGUGCGGUAAUCUUCAAGAAAUCCCAAAUACCCUGUCCUCUUCCCAUGGUGGACCACGGGGUUGAAAACUGGACCUCCACCAACAACACAGUGCCAAUGCACCUGAUCAUGUUAUCAAAUGAGUCUCUCAGUUCUGGUGUGAAUUUCAUGAUGGACAACACAGCUGGGCACUUGCCAGGACCUGAGGAGCCCAAAGAUACCUCCUCCAUGAGUGGUGUGGAAUAUGAAGCACACAGCGACAGUAGUGACCUGUGUCAGCCAAAAUAUUUUGUGUUCAACUCACGGACUGCCUAUGCAAUACCCAUCCUGGCAUUUGCAUUCGUAUGCCACCCUGAGGUGCUACCAAUAUACAGUGAACUGAAAGAUCGCUCUCGAAAGCGGAUGCAGAAUGUCUCAAACAUCUCCAUCACUGGCAUGCUUAUCAUGUAUCUUCUGGCUGCCCUCUUUGGAUAUCUCACCUUCUAUGGAGAAGUUGAAGAUGAGCUACUUCAUACAUACACCAGAGUUUACACCUUUGACAGCCUCUUGCUGUCAGUUCGCCUGGCAGUGCUGGUGGCUGUAACCCUGACUGUGCCCCUCGUCCUUUUUCCUAUCCGGUCAUCUAUCAGCACAUUGCUGUUUCCCAAAAGGCCGUUCAGCUGGAUAAGACAUUUCCUGAUUGCAGCAGUAAUUCUUGCUUUUAACAACCUCCUUGUAAUUUUUGUCCCUACUAUUAAAGACAUCUUUGGAUUCAUUGGUGCUUCUUCUGCUACAAUGCUGAUUUUCAUCCUCCCUGCUGCCUUCUACCUGCGGCUUGUUGAGAAGGAGCCCAUGAGGUCUCCCCAGAAAAUUGGGGCUCUAGUUUUUCUCAUAGUUGGCAUAAUCUUCAUGAUUGUGAGUAUGACUCUUAUUGUAAUGGACUGGAUUUACAGUUCCCCAAGUUCCAGACAUCACUAA